AUGUUCCCGAAAAUAAUAAGCAUAAUAGCAGUAAUAAUUUCAAUUAUAAUUCUCUCUGAUUCUGUUCGAAUUCGCGACAAUAAUGACACAAGCGUAUUUCUUGCGAUUAGUUCCCAGCUAAGUCAAUUGAAAGCGGAAUUAGAUCGACUGGUCGAAAGGCAAGACUUACAACACUUGAGAAACUAUGCACGUAAUUGUGCGGAAGCAACAAUUCCUAAUUCCAAGCCCAGCGGGAUCUAUGAGAUUCUUAUUCCCAGCUACAGUAAAAACCCAUUUAAAGUGACCUGCGACGCAACGACUCAUGGAGGCGGUUGGACUGUCAUUUUAAAUCGAAUCGAUGGAAGUGAGAACUUCUAUCGAGACUGGAACACUUACAAAAUGGGUUUUGGUGACUUGGAUGGUGAGUUCUUCUUAGGAUUGGACAAACUUCAUGCGCUGACUGCAGAGCACAGUCAGCAAUUGCUUGUGAUUCUGGAGGAUUUCGAGGGAACAGUUCACAACGUAACUUACGAGAGAUUUGGAAUCUCAGGCGAAGAGCAACAAUAUGGCUUAAAUACGUUGAGCCAAGGCAUUGGAACUAUUGGCGAUUCCUCGCAUAUCAUCGGGGCAUGAAGUUUACGACCUAUGACCGCGAUAAUGAUGUCAGUUCAGGUAGAAACUGCGCUGAAUGUAAAACUGGCGCAGGUUGGUACCGAGAUUGCACAACUGGCAACUUGAUGGGAACAUAUAAUUCGACCACUUGCUACACUGGCGUCACUUGGGAUCAUUUUCGAGGUUGCAUUUACUCCCUGAAGAGAGCCGUGAUGAUGAUUCGCCCAAGAAAAUAAUGACUUAAUCACUCAUAAGUAUAUAAAAAUAAGUUUUAUCGCUGUAUUUUUAUUUAAAAUAAACAUUCAUACUUAAAAAUU